AUGCGAUUCGCCAACACUACCGGUGUCGAUGAGAAUCACGCGUUGUUCAACAUGUCAAGCCCAACAACCCAUGCUGCCCGGCGCAAACUGAUGGCCAGAGCGUUUAGCAAAACCGAAAUCAGGAAAAACUGGGAAGAUGAGAUCAGGCACAAAAUUGACCUAGCGUUGGACAAAAUGGGGAAGGCCGCACACAUGCACCCUACUGGAGAAGUUGACUGUCAAAAAUGGUGGAUGAUGAUGGCGGCGGAUGUCAGUUCGAAGAUCACUUUUGGCGAGAGCUUCGACAUGCUUCAGGAGGGAGUCCCCGAUGUUCCUCAGGAGAACAAAUACAUCGACGCGAUAUCCCACACGGCCGAAGCCAAUACCAUCCUCGCCGAAGUCCCCAACCUCGAUUUUGUGGCCCGGCUUCGCAUUCCCUUCAUACAGAGACUUUUCAAGAUUACGGAUACGGUUCUGGAACUCGCCGCCUUGAACGUCGCCAAGAGCAAAAGCGGCACCGCCGGUGCCGGUAAUAUCUUUACAGGUAUUAUUGCCGAGGCCGAGAAGAGCAACAGUCGUCUGUCAAACCUUGUUUUGGGUCGCGAGGCGCGUAGCCUUAUUAUCGCGGGUACCGACACUACGGCCAUCACGAUGCCAUUCAUUGUCUGCCGCGUCCUGUCGCAACCGCAGCUGCGCGAUGAUCUCAUCGCCGAAUUGACCCAGCAGAAAGAACGUUCGACGUUCGCCGCUGGUUGCCGGGCUCAGACCUAUCUGAAGAAGCCAAAAUGA